CUUUCCUUUGAUUUCCCUCUUUGACAGAAUUUCAGAAUCACAACACGAUCGACCAACUCUUUUAUAACUUCCCAGUCAGUCAGAUGAGGUGACAGAGACAACUUUACGUCAACAAACUUAUAAUGAAGCUGUUCUGUUUUGCUACAUUGUUACUAUCUCUUGCUCUUGCAUAUUAUGUCUAUACCCCAAUGCCUGAAACCAUUUCAGAACCAUGGAAACUCAUGAUUUUGGAUGCAGCUAUUCGCUCCACGAUGCACGUGGGGGCCUUUUUGCAGACAUUAGGUAUCUGCCAUCAAGUUCACGUGGUACGCUUCGUGCAGCAAAUGCAACCUAUGCCCAGUGGAGAUACUAAGGUCCAAGACCUCACCUUUGCUGGGGUGCAAGUGCGAGUGUACGAGGGGACAGGAGGGGAGGAAGGCAGGCUGAGGAGAGGAAUGGUCUUCCUGCAUGGUGGGGGCUGGGCUUUGGCAUCUACCAAGGAGCGAUCCUAUGACCAUCUCUGCAGGAAAAUGGCAGACGAGCUGAAAGCAGUCAUUGUAUCUGUGGAAUACCGCCUGGCCCCUGAAGUCCACUUCCCAAAGCAGUAUGACGACUGCCUGGAGGCCACCAAGCACUUCCUGACCCCUGAGGUGCUGGCCCUCUACUCCGUGGACCCUGCGCAUGUGGGAAUAGCAGGGGACAGCGCUGGGGGAAACCUGGCAGCCGCGGUGGCUCAGCAGAUCAGUGUGGAUGACACCAUUUCAGUGAAGCUCCGGGUGCAGGCCUUGAUAUAUCCUGUGCUCCAAGCCCUGGAUUUCAACACCCCUUCAUACCAGCAGAAUCAUAACAUACCCAUUCUUUACCGGUCUUCUAUGGUCCAUUUCUGGCUUGAAUAUCUAGACGCUGAUCGCACCUUAAUCCAUACCAUGCUUAUUAACAACCACACCGCCAAAGACCAGAAGGCACUGUCCAAACAUCGUGCCAAGUUCGACUGGACCGCCCUCCUCAGCCCAGAAUUCCAGAAAAACUACAAGGCUGUCGUGCCACGCAAGGGGUCACCUAAGAUCCUGAAGAAGGUUCCGGCACUGCUGGACGUGCGUGCUGCACCGCUGCUGGCAGAAGAAGUGGUUCUGCAGAAGACACCACAGGCCUAUGUUCUGACCUGCGAGCACGACGUCCUGCGGGAUGACGGGCUGAUGUAUGCCCGACGCCUUGAGCAGGCUGGGGUGAAAGUCACCAGCGAACACUACGCUGACGGCUUCCACGGCUGCCUAUCUUUUGCCUCCGACCCUAUCAAAUUCUCAGUGGGAGAGCGGGCCGUGCAGAACUACAUCUCUUGGCUCAAUGACAAUCUGUAGUCUUUGCAUUAGAGGUUCAUCACGACACUGUGCUUAGCAUAGAUCAUUUUUUCUCACUAAUGUUUCAAAGAAAUAUUCUUCCCAAAACUGCUACUGUGUACUGUGCAACUUUGUUGACUGCUCCAGCUCUUACUUUCAGAUUUUAGUGUGUUUGAGGAAAUGUGUUAUAAAGUUAAGGCCUUGCAAA